UCCUUGUGCCCUCUGCUUCCAGGCUGCUUCAGCUUGGCCAGAGCAACAGAGGAACCUCCUGCGGCUGCGGGGCUGCGUGCCAGGGCUGGCCCUUCCUCCAGAUCCCACCUUCCUCCUCCUCCCUGCCUGCUGUGGACAGAACCAGCCCCUCAGAGCAGAGAUAAUACCCAGUGCAAACCCUUGAGGGGCCCCAAAAUCAUUUGUGAGCUGCCUUUCCUCUUCCCCCAUCUCCUGGGAGCCCACAUCCCAUCUCCCGGGCAUGUGAGAGCUGCCGGGGUCUGGCUGGCAGGGCCACACGUGUUUGUCCCCGCGGGUGGCCCUGGCAGCAGCACAGCCUGUAAAACCCGCCCAGGGCUGAGCAAACAGCAAACAGCCGGGGCAAUGUCCGACCCCUUGCCCCUUGCCCGGCUGCGUGACUGAGCACGGCCGCCUGGGGACACCGGCACGGCCCCUCGGACGUCACCUCUCCCUCUGGUGUCGCGCAGGCUCGGCGGUGGGUGAGGACACACCGCGAGGUCCCACGGGCCACCAGAGCAUCCGUUGUCAGGCCAUGGCAGCCCAGCCAGUCGGGGGCCAGAAGCCCUUCCACAUCGUUUCACCCGUCCUGGAGAGCAUGUCCCUCUCCAAGGCCGUGGGCACCAAGGUCUUCAUGAAGCUGGAGAACGUCCAGCCCUCGGGAUCCUUCAAGAUCCGGGGCAUCGGGCACCUGUGCCAGGAUGCUGCCAAGAAGGGCUGCCGCCACUUCGUCUGCUCCUCAGGAGGGAACGCGGGUCUGGCAGCAGCGUACGCAGCCCGGAAGCUGGGGCUGCCCAUCACCGUGGUGGUCCCCAGCAGCAGCGGCCCCACCCCCGUGCGCAAACUGGAGGAGCUGGGGGCCACAGUCGAGGUCUACGGCAAGGUGUGGGAUGAUGCCAACAGCAGAGCCCAGGAGCUGGCUAAGACAGAGGGCUGGGUCAGCAUCCCCCCCUUCGAUCACCCCUUGGUGUGGGAGGGUCACGCCAGCCUGGUCCGGGAGCUGAAGGACUCUCUGGAGGCCAAACCAGGCGCCAUCGUGGUGGCGGUGGGUGGCGGGGGGCUGCUGGCCGGUGUCGUGGCCGGCCUGCAGCAGGUGGGCUGGCAGGAUGUCCCCAUCGUCGCCGCCGAGACCCUGGGAGCUCACAGCUUCCACGAGGCGCUCAAAGCCGGCCGGCUCGUCACCCUGCCCGACAUCACCAGCGUGGCCACGUGCCUGGGAGCCAAGACGGUGGCGGCGCGGGCGCUGGAGUGUGCCCGGGAGUGCCAGGUGCUCUCGCAGGUGGUGGAGGACGCGGAGGCCGUGCGGGCUGUGGAGCAGUUCCUGGAUGAGGAGCGGAUGCUGGUGGAGCCGGCGUGCGGGGCCCCCCUGGCCGUGCUCUACUCGGGGCGGCUGCAGCGGCUGCAGAGCGAGGGGCGGCUGCGGAGCCCGCUGCGCUCCGUGCUGCUCGUGCUGUGCGGCGGCAGCAACAUCCACACGGCCCAGCUGCGGGCCCUGAAGAGCCGGCUGGGGCUGCAGUGACACCCGCGCCGGGCACGGGAUGUGACAGAGCCCGCCUGGCACGCUCUGCUCGCUUUCCUUCCCGAAGAACCGAAAUAAAGCCUGGGGACGUGGGGCCGGGCUCCUCACGCAGCCUCUUGCAGCACGCAGCGCCCAUGCAGGGAUGGGGAAACUGAGGCACGGGGGUCGCACUGCAGGCCUGUGCCGAGGGCGGCACCGGGCCCCGCACAUCCCGUUUUUCCCCUGGGACAUGCCAGGUAUUCUCCUCGCAACCCUCCGCCCCCCUCUCCUCCCUCCCCCUGCUCCUCCCCAGGCUGUUCGGGCUGCAGCUCCCCACCUCAAUUAGCAAGCGCUCCCUCUCUGACUAAUUACUUUGCUACUGUCUUUCUGCAUUAUUAUUGUAAUGAUUAUUAAUUAUUACAAUCCUCUCCCAUUCCUGCCACAUUGGCUGUGGCCAGACGAGAACAACGCUCUUGUUACGGUGAUUUAUCCACGGGAAUCCCCGGCCGGGUUUAACACCUGCGGGCUCCGAGGCGCUCUAACAUGUGGAGGGGAUAUACCCCAUCCUAGACCCCCUGAGAUCCCUUUUCCCCCCAUCCCACUCUUUUUCCCAUUCUCCCUUUCCUCCAGGCUUUCCUGCUCUCCCACAUUUCCACUCUGUAGCGCUGUGUUCGCUUUUAGCCCUUUGCUGUGGCGCCUCCUGGGGUAUUUUUUGUGUCCUCCCAACAUCUCUCCUCUCUCCUUCCUCCCCUUCCGGGUGAUGCGGAGUUUUGCUCCUGCUGGUGCUCCCCAGCCCCAGCUGGUUCCCCUGUUGAGCCUGUGCCCUGUGAUGCUGGGCAGGGAGAGAAGCCUUUUGCUGCCCCCAAACCCCUCUCAUCCUCCUCCCUUUUGGGGCAGGUGUCAGCCCCGGGAGCAGCUCACCACAUCCCCCCACAAAGCCCUCUCCCCUGACCUGGCUGCCAGCCCCCCGGAAACCCCUCCCUGCCCUCAGCCCCGUGGCCCUGUACCUCCCACCGGUCGGGCCACCUUCCCAGGUGCUUCGUGGAGGCCAAACCCCCAUAAAUCAAAACUCUGCCACUCCAUCGUGAGCAAUAUCUUAUGUAAAAAGGUGUUUCCAGGGAGCACCGAAGGCUGGAGAAUCCUAUUACGAGGCACACUAUUAAUUAUAAGGAGUCAGCCCAACCUACUCCAGCUAUUUUUUAUCCCAGGUCCAAAACCUGAUUACUUUCCACCUUCUGCAGACCUUCCCUCUUCAGAAAAAAAAAAAAAAAGGCAAGAAGGUCAGGAGAAGAAAAAAACCCAAAACCGAAUAGCAUUGGUGUUUGCCCAACAGCUUUUAAAAAGGAAUUUAUUCCUUUGAUUCUGCUCGGGGAGGU